AUGUGCAGAGAUUUUGAAAAGGUGAUGAAAAGUGAGUUUGAAAUGAGUGCAAUGGGGGAAUUAAGUUUCUUCUUGGGGUUGCAAGUUGUUCAGAAAAAGGAUGGCAUUUUUAUCCAUCAGACUAAGUAUGUGAAUGAUAUCUUAGAAAGGUUCAAGAUGACUGAUGCAAAAUCAAUUGCUAUUCCUAUACCGGUCAAUCAUCAACUUGGAGCUGUUGUAGAUAGUGAUGAGCUUGCUGAUCCACGAGCAUCACACCUAUCAGCGGUGAAGCGUAUCUUUCGAUACCUCAAAGGACGACCAAAACUGGGAAUUUGGUAUCCUUCGAAGGGUGAUUUGGAUUUUGUAGCUUAUUCUGAUGCUGACUAUGGAGGCUGUAAUCUGAUGAGAAAGUCUACUUCUGGAGGUUGUCAAUUUUUAAGAGGAAGGAUCGUUCUCUGGAUUCAACAGCAGUUGCGGGACUAUGGUUUGAAUUUCACUAACACUCCUAUUAUGGUUGAUAAUGAAUCCACAAUCUCCAUCACUAACACUCCUAUUGAAAUCAAACACCAUUUUAUUCGUGAUUGUGCUGAAAAACGUUUGAUUCAUAUGGUUAAAGUUCAGUCUGAUUACAACUAUGCUGAUCUUUUCACUAAGGCUUUUGACAGAUCACGUUUUGACUUUUUGCUUCAAGCAAACGGAAUGAGGAAUCCCGAGUAA